GGCCAUGUGGAAACCCUCUGGGAGGGGGAAGGAAAGAAAGAAAAAGAGAAAACUUUGGGAGUUUUUUCCCUCUCCUUGCUGAAUGCUGUAAGUCUUCUGGGAAGCGCAUGAAGUCCACAGCUGAGUGAAGAGGACUGAGAGCGAUGCUCAGCUCACACACGGCACGUCAAGGGAGCCUGGCAGACCGCGAUUCUUUCUCAGCAUCAACUGCUACACACAGGGCUUGCCCUUCACAAUCCUUGCUUUCCACCAUACGGGCAUGGAUUAGGAGCCUCUGAGGGCUGGACAGACAGAGCAGGACAGACAGAGAUAGCCGGACAAUCACGUGGCCCCAUUUCCUCAUCUCAGCUGGAGAGCGUCAGACACUCUGGAGAGCUUCUGUGCUUGAGACUUCAGAAACAUUCUUACCUGCUUUUAUACUUUGUGUGAUUGGCCACUUUCUGCCUGAGGUGCAUCAUGCUGCCCACCUGUGUUGUGUUGAUGUGGAUGUUGCUGGCCAGUGGACUGCAGGCCCAGGAGCCCGAAAGCGAAGGCCACCCCUGGAGGCAAAUGAUUCAGUGGGAGAACAAUGGCAGAGUAUACAGCCUGCUGAACAGCGGGCCCGAGUACCUGCCUGCCAGGGGCCUGGAGCAGGAGCAGGGCCACCGUGUGCUUCUGGCUGAUGGGCCCCCCAGCACCCCCCGCAGACCUCACGGGGGUAGCAUGCGCCGGCAGGCACCUGUCCGGAGCAGUUCCGAGACACUGCAAGGCCAGACCAGGCACCCGUAUGGAUUUGGGCAGGUACCAGAAAACUGGCGUCAGGGGGCAGUAAGUGGGAGUGAUGCAGGUGGCCGCAUACAACAGUCCUCUGGCGCACGUUUUCAGAGCUCCGCCUCCUCUUCGUCUUCCUCAUCCUUCUCCGAGCCACCAUUCACCGGGCCAUCAUACCCACAAUUCCCAUUUCCUCAGCAACCGUCCUAUCCCUUGUCGUACGAGCCGGGUACCGGGGAGGAGCUGGGUCCGAGGCCAGAGCCUCCCUUCCAGAGGGGGAUCAGCUACUCGGGCGGGAGAGGCUACAUCGGUGGCGGAUAUACCAGCGAACGCAUGGCCCCGUACCCCCCGCGAGCCUUCCCAGACUAUGCCGAGAACGGCUUUCGCUACCUCCAGCCGUACGCCAGCUCCCCGGCUCAGCCGCCCUUCUCGGACGGCCUCGACCGCAGGUACAUGCACAGCUUGUACAAUGAAGAGCCCAGCGCUGGCAACCCCGACCCAGCCCCCAACCCAGCUGCCCCGGCUGCCGACAGGACAGACACAGCUGCGCAGACACCACUCCGUAGCCCCCAGUAUGAGCAGUUCCCCCCCUUCGGGCGGGUGCUGCCCCAGCCCAACUUCCUUCAACCCAUCGGUAGAAACCCGCUGUCCUCCAACACAGCAGAAAACCCCAACACCAGCGUGGGCAGUGUCUUCCGGCCGCAGCAGAGAGGUUUGCCAGACCUCGUGCCAGAUCCAUACUAUGUCCAGGCCUCCACGUACAUCCAGCAUGCUCACCUCUACUCGCUACGCUGUGCUGCCGAGGAGAAGUGCUUGGCCAGCACUGCCUACGGCUCUGAGGUCACCGACUACGACGUCCGGGUGCUGCUGCGCUUCCCACAGAGGGUCAAAAACCAGGGUACGGCUGACUUCCUGCCCAACCGGCCUCGGCACACCUGGGAGUGGCACAGCUGUCACCAACACUACCACAGCAUGGAUGAGUUCAGCCACUAUGACCUCCUGGAGGUCAGCACGGGCCGGCGGGUAGCCGAGGGUCACAAGGCCAGCUUCUGCCUGGAGGACACCACGUGUGACUUUGGGCACCUGAAGCGCUACGCCUGCACGGCACAUACUCAGGGCCUGAGUCCGGGCUGUUACGACACCUAUAAUGCUGAUAUCGACUGCCAGUGGAUCGACGUCACAGACGUGCACCCAGGGAACUACAUACUCAAGCUCCAGGUGAAUCCAAAGUACAAGGUGGCUGAGUCCGACUACACCAAUAAUGUGGUACGCUGCGACAUACACUACACAGGCCGCUACGUCACCACCAAGAACUGCAAGCUGUCCCAGUCCUGAUCGCAGGGAGGAUCGUUCCCCCAUUCAGACAUGAACAGAAUCCUUUCAUCACCGGUUUGCUUUUGUGCACCUCAAUCUCCCCGACUAACAUGAGUAUAUUUACACAAACCCACGCUGGAGUGAAGAGUCAUCUCGAUGGGCCUCCAGAUGUCAACGCUCCUCACGUUCUCCAGUCCUCUGUGAGACUCCCUGACUGCUCUGCAAAGUACGUUUGGCACCCUUUUGCUCUGGAGCUUGUCUAGCGUGUGUUCAGUGUGUUGGGAAGCACCCCCAUGUGUCACCGUUCAGCAGCAAUCCACCCUUUGUGCCUUUGGAAUGAGGUAGUUUUAUGUGCACAUCCAUGGCAUUUGUUCUUUUAAUCGUCCUCUUUACACAAAAUACAAAACAAAACACAUUGGCCUUCUUGAACCCUAAUAUUAACUAGAUACGUCUUGGGAGUCGAAAAAGUUUCACUCCAGAUGUAUGUGAAGAAGCUGGCGCCCCCCAGAGGCGAAGUAAGAACUGCUGAGGAGCAUCAAAGGUCUUCUCUGGAUUUGAGACAUGAAGCUGAGAGACGUGCUGGGUUCCAGCUUACACCCCGGUAGCCUCUCGAUUUCCCCCCCCCCCCCGGGAUUUCCCGACACCGCCCUCACCACUCCAGUCACUCAUUGGCGAUUUUAUGUGAAUGUACAUAAUUUACUGUCGCAUGAAGCAUUUUAAAAUGUGCUUUUUAUCUUGAUCAUACUGUAAUUUAAAAUCAUCCUGUUGUUUUCUUAAUAUCUCCCGUACUGUGUCUUUGGGGUCUUCUUCCAAAAAAAGACCAAAAAUGUGUCCUUGCUGGGUUUAUGUGAUACUGCAGCUGCUCCUCCAAAGCUAUUGCAGGUGCCAGGCGCACCAGCGGGGAACAUACCUCUGAAUUAGGGACUUACUGUCUUCAGUGGGCAUUUUAGACCUCGGGUCUGCUCUUAUAUGCUGACUAGUUUCCAUGUUUGCAAAGAUGCUGGAGGUCUCUGAAAGCCUCAAAGGGAACACACUCAUAUCAAAUCCCCAGGAGAAACUGUGCUCAAUUUCUUGUGUAUUACGGCAUUUCACAGAUGGAAGUGAACAUUAUAUAUACAUGUGACGAUUAAUCAAGCUUACCUUAUAUUCAGGUGAUUCACUGGGUUAUCUCUGUACUUCAGCACCACAGUUGCCUAGAUAUGUGUUUGAUCUCAGACGACCUUAGAUAUAAUCAUUCAGCUGUUGAAAAUUUCUCAUUGUGGUGAAUAUGCUUGAAAUAUUUUGAUAUUCCCUGAACUAACAAUAAAAAUGUCACAGUGUAAA